GUCAAAGUCGUAGUUUAAGUGCAGACGAGUCAUUGUAGCCAUGGUAUAAAUAUCGCCCUGGAUAUUGUUAAGCGACAUCAGACAAGUUCAAGUUUCCGAGCUAAUCACAACAACCCAACAAGAUGUUCAAAUUCGCUGCUGUUUUCCUCGCCAUCCUGGCCUGCGCCUCUGCCAAGCCCGGCUUCCUGAGUGCUCCUCUGGCCUAUACCGCUCCCGCUGCCUUCGUUGCUGCACCUGCUCCAGUUGUCACCGCCACCAGUAGCCAGGUGUUUGCCAGGAACUAUAAUGGAAUCGCUGCUGCUCCCGUGAUCGCUCCAGUUGCCGCUCCUCUGGCUGCUCCUGUGAUCGCCAAGUAUGCCGCUGCCCCUCUGGCCGCUCCAUUGAUUGCCAAGUAUGCCGCUGCUCCUGUGGCUGCUCCUUUGGCCUACCAUUCGGCUCCUCUUGCAUACUCCUCGCCUCUGGCUUACUCGUCCCCUCUGGCCUAUAACGCAUUUCCUGCCCACGCACCAGUUCUGUUGUAAGAACCUUUGAAUAAACAAAAUCCGAAUUUAAGAAA